AUGACGAAGCAUACAAAUGCAAAUAUUUGUCUCCCAAUGCAUGUCUAUCCCUUCGGAAGGCAGGGUUGCUGCAAGAUCUCAACAAUACCAAAGCAAAGACACUUCGCUUCAAAUUCUCUCAACACCAACUUCAUGAGGCGGUUGUUUCCAAAUGUGUUUGGGUUCAUUGAGAAGGAGAUGAGUGAUGCUGUUGAGAGUAGUGACAUAUUGCGGGCAUUUAUGGUGAGAAAUGAGGGCUCACGAGAGAAGGUUAUGGUCUUGAAGAAGGAAUUGGUGACCGGACAGGACCUGAGGAUGGCGAAUACACCAGAUGGAUGGGGUUCCAUAUCGUUAACACAAUCACUCUCAGUCCUACGCAAAACAAUCCCUGAUCAUAUCUGGUGGAGCAUCACAGAUGAUGACUCCUGGGACUUAAAGACCCUCAAAGUGUACGAUCGUGUUACAGGCCUCUUCGAGAAGAAAACAGCGACGUCCUUGAAAAGGGUAGCUGGCGGAUUGGGAGGUGCGAAGAGCUUGAGGAAGCGGAAGGGGAAGGAGAAGACAAAUGCUAAGGCAAGGGCAAAGGCACAGAAGGAUGUUAAGGGCAAGGGGAAAGCAAAGGGGAAAGCAAGAGUCGUGGAUUCGGAGUCAGAGGACACCAGCAGUAGCGAGAUGGGAGGUGAGACAGGGGAUGAAUUGCCAUCAGAGUCGACAAAGGUCUCUUCACGUGCUGAAGCAUGUCUUUUGACAAAGGAUAACAAGAUUGACAAUGACGAUGUAGAGAUUCUUGAGGCCGAUCCUUCCACCACGCCACCCGACCUGCCCACCACAUCCAUUCCCUCCACAUUCCCUGCGCCUGCUGCCACUGCGUCCUCGUCGGCCUCGGUCUUGAUGUCUCAUUUAACAGGGCCCUCGUUGGAUGUUCCUACUUCGCUUCAUGUAAACCCAUCGUCUAUGCCCAUCACCGUCAGCCAACAACCUGUGUCAUCCCUCAUGUUCCACACUGGUAUCUCAUCGUUAUUGUCAUCAAGCUCAGCUGCAGCUGUCGUCAGUAAUCUAUCAUCUUUGCCCGUCACCGCCAACCAACAACUCGCCUCAUCCUCCAUACUCCCCACUGGUGUCCCGUCGUCAUUGUCAUCGAGCUCGGCUGCCACCAGUACACCUAUGCCAUCACCAAAUGGUCUAUAUCUUCCUGGUGGUUUAAUGACCCAAGCCUCACACCACUACUCUCCGAGGCAGCAGCUGUGUGACUCACCGUGGUUCUGCCGUAAUACGGGCCCAUCGUAUGGGACAGUCAUAUCUGGCUCACCUCUAGUAUCUACCCCUUCGACCUUAAGUAGCCGUCCCACCAGUUCAUGUCCGGGAGAUAAGAAGAAACCCAGGUUUGGUUUUCAUGAUCCCAGAAAACCGAACAACAACCCUUGGAAAAAGGAGAACUAG